AUGGAUCGUUCUGCAAUUUCCUCGAUUUUACGCGAACUUAAUCUAAAUGAAAAUUCUGUGGCUAAUAUUUACAACCAUGGUUCAUGGGUAUAUGGUACCAAUUCACCUACAUCCGAUCGAGAUCUUAUUAUUGUUACACGUUCACCUUAUCAAAAUCCACUAAAAUUUUAUGAUGAUUUUGAUUACUUUCAUCCAUUUGAAUUACAUAAACUAUGGAAUCAAUAUGAUGUUUUUGUUGUUCAAUGUAUAUUUUUACCUGAUGAAUUUAAAAUCAAAGAAGAAAUUGAUUUUCGUCUAAUUUAUCUUGAAAAAUAUUACAAUCAAUUUCGAUUAAAACAAGUCGCAUUUUAUGAAAUGAAUCGGGAUUUUAAUUUGUAUGAAUCUAAUAAUUUUUCAAAUCAUCCAAAACGUAGUUCAAGAGCAAUUCAAACAAAACAAUUACGCUAUGAUUAUAUAUUUAAAAAUUUAUUUCAUGGUCUGCGAUAUCUAGAUUUUGCUGAACAAUUAAUUCAGACACGUUCAAUACAUAAUUUUAAACGUGUAAUACAUAUAUUUGAGGAAAUGAAAGACAUACGCGGUAAUAGAACAAAUAAUUCAAGUAUGAAACGUGUAGUUGAUUUUGUUCGUAUCAAAAGUGUUGAAUUAAAAUCAAGGUUAGAUUCACUUGUACCAACAAAUAUUAUUCAAGGAUCAUUUCGAGCACAAAUUACCUUCGAUUGUUCAAACUUCAAUAUUAUACGUAUUAAAAUUGAAUCAUUAACAUCCAAUGAAGGUGUACCACAAACAGAUAUUGAUAAAAAAUUAUUUUGGGAUAAAGAAACAAAUUAUUUCGAAUUUCGUUACAGAAUUUUGAAUGCAUUAAAACAACCGGAUGAAACAGAUUCUACUUAUACGGUUAAAAUGCAUUUAUUUGAUGUUGGUCGAGAAAAUGCAUUUAAAAACAAUGAUGAAGUUACAGAAUAUUUGACAAAAAAUAAUUUUCCACCAUUAAAAGUCGUUCGUGAAUUUAUUGUUUAUAAUACAUAUAUUAACUAUGGUAAUAUAAGACAAUAG